AAUGCCCGUAAAUAAUGUAUGUAACCUAACCUUUAACACAUUCUAUCAAAUAAGAAUCUGAGUGCAAUUCAAUUUUUUGUUACGAAAAAUACAAGACAGCAAGUAAAAAUAUUUAACAACAAAUUGAUGAAGAAAUAUUUUGAUCGUUGUUGUUGUAAUAUCAGUAAACUCUGGCAAAGUGACAGAUGCGCACAUAUGGAUACCAAUGCUGAAAAGAAGUAUUUUUUCGAAGCGUUAUCUUUAUUUUAUGAAAUGCAAUGGCUUCAUAAUAUAGCAGUAACUGAGAUCUUGACUAAAGCGUCUUUAGAUGCAAUCCCCAAAGAAUGGACUGAGCAUUUACGAAUUCUGAAAAAUGAUGAAUUCAAUAAUUUCAUAGCAAGAAGAGUAACAAAGUCUGAAUGGCCCGAUUCGUUAAAAACAUAUGUUGAGAAAUGUCAAAAUAUCAACAAACUACCACCUAUACAGACAUCACCUAGAAUAGAAUUACCACAGAAAUUUAAAAUUGGUCUCAGUCAAAAGAAGCAACAUGAAAUAAUACAUUUAGCUCAUUUGGUGCACACGCAAUGCAAGUUGUACAAUAUACAAACAAUCGUCGAUUUGGGUGCAGGUUUGGGAUAUGUAUGCCAAAUGUUACAUUAUUUAUACGGCUACCAAGUCUUAGGUUUAGAAAAAAACAAAGAAAAUGUGAAUAGAGCGUGUACUAGACAAAAAAAAUUGUAUCCUGAUUCUUUGGCCAAAGUUAAAUACAUUCAUUGCGACGUGACGUGCGAUUCCGCCGAUAUGAUAGAAUCUAUCUUGCAGCAGGAGUUUCCUAACUUUACGGAUGCGUGUCUGAUUGGUUUGCAUGCUUGCGGAGACCUGAGUGCGAGCGCGUCGAAAAUUUUCUGCAAAAUAAAUUCCAUUAAACUCUUUAUUCUAAUAUCUUGCUGUUAUCACAAACUUUCCAUUUCCAAGAAUAUACAGACUGCAUUGCAGGAGAAACAAUACUUUCACAAUUUUCCCACGUCGAAUUGUUUGCGAGAAACGAUCACGGCACACAAUUUUGAUAUAGGCCAGUUCUUAAGAAUACCCUUUCUACGAUUAGCAUGUCAAGAAUCGGCGGAUAAAUGGUAUGGCAUGUCCAAAAAAGAGCACGACGAACAUUCCUUUCACGUUCUCGCUCGAGCUGUGCUCGAGUUAUACUCGCAACAAAAUAAUCUCGUUCUUAAGAAAAAAGUUCGGAAAGGUACGAGAAAGUCUCAAUGUUCGAGUUUUCAAACUUAUGUUAAGGAUUCAUUAUUAAGAUAUGAUCUGAUACCGGACAUAAACGUAAAAUUUACAGGUAAUGUUAUAGUACAUGAUGAAUUAGAGAAAGACAUAAUGCAAGUAUGGGAAGAACAGAGUAAAAAAUUAAAAACUGUAGAAAUCUACUCUGGUCUGCAAAUGAUGCUACAACUCCCGGCAGAGUCGUUGAUUCUGCAGGAUCGAUUAUUAUGGUUACACGAACAAGAUCUAGAAGCUGUAAUUGUGCCUGUGAUGAACAAGUGCAUAUCUCCUCGUUCAUAUGCGAUAGUAUCUCAUAAAAGCUGAAAAUUAUAAAUUACAA